CGCACCAGUAGCAGAAGAGUUGGUUUUUUCUGGUUCUUUAAUUAAUCUGAGAGCGCUAAGUAACUCUUGUUCUCUUUUGAGUUUUGUGAUAAUGUCAAACACAAUCGGAAGCCCUCAAUUCCCUGGAAUAAUGGUGAAGCCAGGAGAGUCUCGUCCAGGAGUUCCACUCACCUCUUAUCCACUCACCUCUCAUCCUGCAAUUAUUCCAGACCUCCCAGCCGAUUCUGCUCCUCCAAUAUCGCCGCUGAACCCAUUCAAUGUGCCUAAUGAUAAUUUGAUCUCUUUCAACAUCAGCCCCCUCCAUAACCCUCAAGCAAUCAACCAUGAUGUCGAUUCUCUUUUCAAUGUUCUGUCUGACAUUGUUAUUAGCACCUCAACCAUUUCUCUUGACUUCCAGCAAGUGACCCUCGAUGUUGGGCAAAACAAGGUUCCUCAAGUUGCUCUCCAGCCAGCUUGCAACCUUCUCUGCGAGAUUGCUUGCAAGAUGACAUGCCACUCGUUCGACAAAUCAAAUGUGCACAAGUCAGUGGUGGAAGUUCUUGAGAAGCUGAGUAGCUACGCAUGGGAUGCUAAAGCAGUGAUAGCAUUCUCUGCUUUUGCUUUGAACUAUGUAAAGCCAUUGCGACUGACAGUGGCACAGGAAGCGAGCCAGAAGCAGAACGCGCUUGAGCUGCAUCUGUUCACGCUUGCAACAGAGGGGAUUCUACCCGCUCAAUCGGUUUCAAAUGUUACAAACAAUUUGGUUAAAAUUACACUGGAACUCAUAAAGGGGAUCAUCACAUUGGAGAAGCUCUUUGCAAACAUAUCAUCAUGCAUUCUAAAGCAUUUUCCAACUCUCUGCAACGAUUCUCGUGCUCUUUACGCUUAUUGGGCAAUUUUCUCCCUUUUUGUUUGUGCUAAUCAAACGGGGUGGGAGGAGAUCCAGUAUUCUUGGAUUCUUCAGAAACUCAAUGAUAUUCUGGAUCAAUUGAAAAGUUAUUUGCAGGAAAUCAGAAUCCAACAAGUGCAAUGGCAACAUCUAAUUCGGUGUACAGAGGUCUUACAAAAACCUUCAUCAGUAGGAAUUUGGCAACUCCUCAAAGCUCUAAUCUAUCCCAACAACUUUGAUAAACCUGUUAAUAUAUUUGCCAACGGUACCAAUGAACUGCUUACCCUGGAUGGAACAGAGAACUUGUUUUUAUUCAUUUCUGGUCUUGAGAUUGACCAUGAGAUAACGUCUCUAACAUCGAUUCACGGAUACAAGAAGGGUAAGAUUGUGUGGGUACCUGUUGUGAGAGAUUGGACCCUUGAAAUCAAGGAAAAGUUUAAGAAUUUGAAGUCUAGGAUGCUUUCAUGGUAUGUGGUGGAAUAUUACUCACUCAUAGAAGGUUACCAAGCAUUGCAACAAGUGUGGAAUUACCGAGGUGAACCUAUUGUGGUGGUGCUUGAUGCUUCUGCAAAUAUUUUGAACCUCAACGCACUGGACGCGAUCACUCUGUGGGGCACAGAAGCCUUCCCAUUCGAUCCUGUUACCAUCUCAAUUGUUGUUUCUAAACCAUGGAAUUGGUUUUGGUCCGCAGUAUUUAAAAUUUUUCGUCCUAUUCAAACAUGGGUCACGAGCGAAGAGCACUACGUCUUUUUCUACGGAGGAACAAGCGAAUGGACUAAACAGUUUGGUGAUCAUCUUGAUGGUAUAAAAAUGCGCCUGGAAGGAACAAACACAAACAUUCAACAAUGUAACCUUACAUUAAUUGAGCAAAACCUUCAAACCUACUUUUGGCAUAGCAUCAGGGCUUCGAAUACUGGCAACCCAAUAUAUCGGCGUUAGGCAGCUUUGGCACCGCUAUCUACAAUUAUUACUAUGUCCAACUCGCCAAGCAAGCGCUUCGGCCUUGUAUAAAGUUCCGAUUGGAUAACAUUCCUUCUAGUGGGCUGAUCCGAUAUACGUGCCCCGAACCGACAUGCCACAGCAAUAUGCAUAUCGAAUCUGUGACCUUCAAGUGCUGCCAUGGGAAUAUAGGUACUGAUGAUGUUGAUAAUGCUUUUCCGUUGGAAAAUGGUAAAGGACCAGCAAUGAUACCCCCAUCCGCCAUCAAACCUCUUGGUCCUCUGAUUGUGACCGAGUAUCCUCGUUGAUCGCUUCUUUAACCUUAACAUCAUCAAGUUUAAAAUUCAGCUGGCUUUGCUUUCAUUUAGCAUUGAAUAAAAUAGAUUAUAUAUCUAUCAUCAUUAAUUAUGCAUGCUUUUGAGAUUUAAAGUUUAUGUAAGUCUGUGUUAGCUAGUGACACGCUAUGCCUUGUGCCAUAGCUUGUUGCGUACCACACUAUUUGUAUUCUCUUGUCUCUGUAAUUUGGAUUCAGUCAAAUAAAAUAAAGCUGUUGGGCUUG